AUUAUCAAAUAAAGGAGUGGAACAAUAUCACAGAGUUGCAUUUGGAGCCGCAGCAACUACUUGAACAAGGAGGAUAUGCGACAUUUGAAUGCCUUAGCCGCCUUUUGGAAGACUGUAAAAAACGAUUGCAGGACGAUGUUUUAUCGACUAUUGUCGCUUUACUCAAAAAGUUUCCAAACUUUUCUAUAGCUCUGAGUAUUGGAAAAUAUGUAUCAAAACAUCUGACCGAACAAGAGCAAACUAACCUCUCCCAUGAAAUUUUGUUCUAUCAUCUUGAUCAUAAAAAUAUUGGCGUUAUUUUUGGAUAUAUCCAUUCUACGGGAAAAAAAUCCUCUAAAAAAGUUAUUCCGAUAAUUCUCCAGUUAGCAACGUUAUCGGAUGAUGCGUGGAUUGAAUCUUGCUAUCAAGAUGUUUUCGACACGAACAGCCUACUUUCAAAAUUUCUUAAAUAUAUCAUAGAAAAAUCUAAUUAUCAUGUCAAAGAAAUUGUAGACGAAUUAAUAAGCAUGAAUAAGGAUUUGCUCAAAAACCAACAAGAUUAUUUGACAAACUCCAGAGAACACAGAUUAAUGUUUUCCAUUGCCAAAUCAAUGCUUUUUCUUGCAUCACACAUUGAAUGCUCAGAUCAACUAUGGUUGACAUUAUUUUUAUCAAGUAAUCAAUUCAACAUUACCUGCAUGUAUGAAAUGGUAUUGGCUAAAUCCUUAAGGGAUCCAGAAGUACUCCUUAAACGCUUGAAAUCAAUACGUACGCUUAAUGAAAAUCAGCGAGUAUCUUUACUUUCUGUUGUUCAUAUGUUUCUUUAUUUUAAUUGGGAUUCAAUUCCUCCCAAUGAAGUAAAUAAAAUAGUUUCCUUUCUUCACCUUUCUCUUCAUAAGGGACAAAAUAGAGAACUAAGCGAAAUUACCGAACUGAUUCUAAUCAGUCUUAUUUUGGAAAAUCAAAAGUCGCGUUACUACAAGCCCAUUGUGGAAGCUUUAUACGAAAGUCUUAAGCGCUUAACCCUUGAUCAAAAGAAAUCGCUUCCACCUCAUAUACAAGCUCGUCUGUUUUUGCCUGAGCUGCAUUCGGCUACAUAUCUUAAUUUUGGUUUGUAUAUUUCAAAUUUGGAGCCAACAAAUUUGAGCAAUACUGAUAGGUUUAGAAUGCUUCGCAUUCGACAAGUCAUCAAAACAGUAUUGGAAAUUGAAAAGGGUCAAGAGAUAAUUGCUAAUGUAAAUCUUGGCACACCGAAUAAAUCCACUACUAAUUCAAAUCCCAAGCCACAACCUGUUCAGCAAAAUAGAUCUGCUAUCUCUAACGGCAAUCUUUUUGUAGUAUCUCCUUGUAUUGAUAAUGUUAACAGUUUAAAUGGUUUAAUCCAAAACUGUGUUUCUUUUGGAGUUCGAACUUUGGUAUUAAGCGACUCAAUCAAUUUAAGUGCCGAAACCAGGAAAGACUUGGAAAUAUUGCAAAUAAACCCUGAAUUAUUCGCUAAAUAUUUGCGUGGAAAAAAGAUAGAGAAUUUUAGCAUUGUUGGUAUAGAAAACAUAGAUAAAAAUGAAUAUUUAAAUGAAUGCAGUCCUACAGAAAACACAAUUGUGGUACUCGGAAAUGAUCGGCAUGGCACACCGGAUAAUUUGAAGCAUCUUCUGGAUUAUACAGUUCAAUUACCACUCAAGGAUGUUCGGAGCUUGCAACAUUUGCCAAUAUUUAUGUACUCUAAGAAAACUUAAAAAAAGAAAUUCAAACUUAUGUUUACAAAUACUCAAAAAGUUGGAAGUAAGGGAAACCUAUUAGAUGAUUAUGUCUUAACUCGAUGAAUUAAAAGAUGUAUUAAUUCGUGUAAACAGACUCCAUACUGUUUUUUUUUAUUUUAAAAAACAUUUGUAUGCUUAUUCUUCAUUGCCUGAGUAUUGUUCUCAAUGACAUUUUAUUAUUUCUAUAGCUGAAAUGACCCAUGAAAUGUAAAAUAAUGACAAUAUUUGAUUGAGGGUCGUAAGUCUGUAACUGUUAAUGGCUUUAAGGACUAAAAAAAAACUGCAAAA